GAAGACCACAGUCAAGAUUACGUCAUCUAUCCAUCAUCAUACUUCUUCUUUUUAGUUCUUCCAUUCUUUCUGAAGCUCACUCUGUCCCUUUACAGUUGACACCAUAGUAAAAAUACCAAAUUUCUCCACCAUCCAGGAUUAUUCAAUGAGUUCUUUUCGUCCUUUCUUUGGGAAUGCUGUUUGUGCUGCAUUGACAGGUUUUGUUUUUCAAAUGCCUUUUUUUAUUUUUUCCAUAUUGCUAGGUAUUCAUAUAAUCAGGUAGUACGAGCUAGAUUUUAUGGAAUGUAUUUUUGACUGUGUUUCCUUUGUAAUUGAAAAAUGAAGGCAUAGUUAGUGCAGAAUAAGACCUUCUAUGUUAUUUGACAGGGCUGGGAUGAAACUAUGAAUGGUGGGCUGUAGUAAUUGUUGGUGGCUUAUACAUCGUAUUUUAAAGAGUUGUGAAAUUCAGGAUUAACUGAAUUAAUAGAUGAAGAUCACAUUAAUUAGUGAAGGUCAAAGAACUUGGAUGUAUUAUGCUUUAGUUCAUGGGUAGAUUGGUGGAUCUCAUUUUCUUUUGUGUAAGUUCUGUCUCUUAGUUGUUUUUGCUGAAGAAUCUUGUUUAUGUUCCUGGCAGAAUUUUUUUUUAGAUUUAGAGGAACCAUCCUCUAAUCUUAACAAGUAUGACUGGCAACUUGGUUUUGUGUCCUCUUGCAUCCUACAAUGGCUCUCCUUACUUAUCCUUCACAACACAAUGUCAUUCCGUGAGCUGCGGUGAUGUAGAGUUGGCUAAGCUGGUUUCCACCUCGCGUCUUAGGAACACUGAAGGUAUGAUCUGUUGCUUGAAAAAGGGGGAUUCAAACCAUCAAAAGAUCCAUCAAGAUGGUAGAUUUACCAGGGGAAAUUCUAGUCAGGCUUUUAGGUUAAGAACCUGGGAAACAUCGGCCACAUCUCUUGUUGAAACUGCUGAAGAACUCUUUUGUUAUCGCUUCAGGACAGAAACGAAUGAUCAGUUAAAGGUUCUUGUUGAGAAGAAGAACUAUAAAUAUAACGUGCAGGUCAAGUUUGUGACCUUACAGUUUUCUGUUAGAGAAAGUGAGCUUGUAAUGUGUUGGGGAUUGUUUAGGUGUGAUUCAUCAUGUGACUUACAAGGUUCUAGCUGGGAUGACCGAAACUGUACAACUGAACUUCCAUUCAAGCAGGAAACUUCAGGCACACUUUCGGUUGAGUUAGAUUUUGAUUUGUCUGCAGCGCCUUUCUACAUUUCAUUUCUCUUAAAGUCUCGAGUUAAUUCAGAUAUGAAAAGCCCUUACAUUAGGAGUCACAGGAAGACGAGGUUUGUUGUGCCAGUUGGUUUUAGUUCUGGGCAUCCUGUUCCGUUGGGUCUCUCCUACUCAGCAGGACACCUGAAUCUCGCGCUUUUUUCGCGAAGUGCCGAAAGGGUAAUUCUCUGCUUGUAUGACAGCUUGAAAACUGAUAAACCUGCUUUAGAGAUUGAUCUAGAUCCAUAUGUAAACAAAUCCGGUGACAUUUGGCAUGUUGCAGUAGAUGGCACCACUCCAUUCGUGAAAUAUGGUUAUCGAUGCAAUUUAGGCAUGGAUUCUGAACAAGACAACGUUCUCUUGGAUCCUUAUGCUAAAGCAAUUCAUCACCUGUCUGGUUCAUCUGUGACAUGCCUUGGAGAAUUGCAUGAGGAACCUCCAUUUGAUUGGGGAGAGGAAGUUCGGCCAUGCUUACCGAUGGAGCAACUAAUUGUUUAUAGGUUAAAUGUGAUGUGCUUUACGAGGGAUAAUUCCAGUAAGUUAACUAAUGAUAUCAAAGGAACUUUUUCUGCAGUUGCAGAAAAGGCACAUCACUUUAAGAAACUCGGUGUGAAUGCGAUCUUGUUGGAGCCAAUCUUCUCUUUUGAUGAUCAAAAAGGUCCUUAUCUACCCUGGCAUUUCUUCUCUGCAGCAAGCCAAUAUGGCGAAACUGCAUCUAUGAAGAAAAUGGUGAAGGAACUGCAUAAUAAUGGAAUUGAAGUUUUUUUAGAAGUUGUUUUCACACACACCGCAGAAAAUGCAGCUCUUAGAGUAAUUGAUCAGAGUUCCUACUAUUAUAAUGUCGAGAAGAAAGAUGAUAACUUGACAAGAACUAUCAACGCAUUGAAUUGCAAUCACCCUGUUGUUUCGCAGAUGAUAUUGGACAGCCUCCGCCAUUGGGUGACUGAGUUUCGGGUUGAUGGUUUCUGUUUCAUGAAUGCUGCUUCUUUGUUGAGAGGAUUCCAUGGAGAGGUCCUGACUCGGCCUCCAUUGGUUGAAGCAAUCGCUUUUGAUCCCAUACUUUCAAAGACAAAGAUAAUAGCUGAUUGUUGGGACCCCUUUGGAAUGAAGCCAAAAGAUAUUUCAUUCCCUCACUGGAAAAAAUGGGCAGAAGUUAACAGCAAAUUCUGUUUUGAUGUGAGAAACUUUCUGAGGGGCGAAGGACUUCUGAGCAAUCUUGCUACUCGUUUAUGUGGGAGCGGAGACGCCUUCUUGGAUGGUCGUGGCCCUGCAUUCUCUUUCAAUUUUAUCGCUCGAAAUUUUGGACUUUCUCUUGUUGAUUUAGUCAGCUUCAGUGACAACGCUACAACAGAAUUAAGCUGGAACUGUGGUGAAGAAGGUCCUACAGAUAAAGUUUCUGUUCUGGAAACACGGGUAAAGCAAAUUCGCAACUUUCUCUUCAUUUUAUUCAUGUCCCUGGGUGUUCCAGUGCUUAACAUGGGCGAUGAAUGUGGUCAGUCUUCUGGUGGAUCCCCUGCAUAUGCUGAUAAGAAUAACCAUUUCGAUUGGAAUGCAUUAAGAACUGGAUUCGGUACUCAGACUGUCGAGUUUAUCUCAUUCUUGAGUUCGUUGCGAAAAAGGCGAAGUGAUUUACUUCAGAGGAAGAAUUUCUUGCAAGUAGACAGAAUUCAGUGGCAUGGGAGCAACCAGUCUGUGCCCAAGUGGGACGAUGAGCAGAGCCAAUAUCUUGCCGUGACUUUGAAGUCCAAUGCUGAAGUAAGCAAAUCUGGCUACGGUGACUUGUUUGCUGCCUUCAAUGCAGCAGAAGGAUCUGAGACCAUUGUUCUUCCUCCGCCUCCUGCAGAUUUUAUGUGGUUUCGCUUGGUCGACACCGCCCUUCCUUUUCCUGGGUUUUUCACUGCCGAUGGUGCCCCAGUGGAGGAUGAACUUCUCAAAUACGAAAUUCAGUCCCAUAGUUGUGCUUUGUUCGAAGCUAGGAGACAACCAUGACCGGCAACCGGAUCUAGUUUUGGCUCACCACACAUCCAUGCCAGGUUUCUGUACCAUAGUUUCCCUCCGUUAUACAAGAUGCGAAUAAAUUACCAGUGAGAUGCAUUUCUCUCCUAUAAAUGAGAGUCCAUUUUUAAAUAUCUUUAUGAUCCUUCUUGUUAUUAGUUUCCCAUUAUGGCAUAGGAUGUUACCUUUUCCGAACAAACUACUAAGUUACUUGUGUUACUUUUCUUUUGUUUCUGCAUGGAUUACAAGAUAGGUUGUUACCUCAAAAUGGUGAUGCAUAGAUAUAUAUAUAUAUAUAUAUAUAUAUAUAAAUAUUUGAUGAUAUUUCUCAUUCAUUUACAGGGACAACUAAGCUUUGGCAGAAAUAGCAGUAAGCUUUCUUCUAUUGAACUAUAACAACAAAAUUUCUAAUCCUAACCAAUAUAUCUGAUGAUCCAAACCAAAAAAAAGAAAAUGAAGCUGCUAAUCAAUGUACAUUGGGGAAAAAACACAAAAAACCGGUGUACAUAUGGUCUCAUUCCCUUCAGCCAAUGCUAUCUAGGGCCAGAGAGGCGAACGGCCGAAAGAUAAGCAUCACUGUUAGUAUCUGAAGGGCCUCCUGAUGAGGUGCCAGUGCCUUCAUCACUUGUUGACUUGAAGAAACCUGAAUAAAGUCGCGACCCAAAUUGUGAAGAAGCUGGUGGUGUUUGUACAGGGCUGAUUCCUUCCAACAUCUGCACUACUUUAGCCAUUGAUGGCCUGAGUGACAUUUCAUCCUGAAUACACCAAAGAGCAACUUUGAUUGCAGUAGAAACUCUGUCAUCCUCUUCAUCCACUUUUAAACUCGCAUCGAUUAUGUCCUUAAGUUUUCCUUCUUCCAGCAUCUUAAAUGCAAAUGUUGGGAAAUGGGAUUUUUCUGAACUGACCGACGGAUCGUAAUUCUUCCUGCCACCGAUGAUUUCAAGUAGCACCAUCCCAUAACUGUAGACAUCACUUUUCUCUGAAAUGGCAUAGUUUGUGAUCCAUUCUGGGGCUAAGUAACCUCUUGUACCCCUUAAUGUUGUGAAAGCGAAACUUUGUUCUCUUGUCAUGAGCUUUGCAAGGCCAAAAUCGGAUACUUUUGCUAGGAAGUGGUCAUCUAGAAGCACAUUCUCAGGCUUGAUGUCACAAUGAACAAUCUUGACAUCACAGUCUUCAUGGAGAUAAGCCAGACCUUUAGCUGUACCUAGGGCAAUAUUGUAUCUGGUUUCCCAGUCUAACAUGAAUUCCCCUUUAUCUUUCCUGAAAAGCCAUCUCUCUAGGGAUCCAUUUGCCAUGUACUCAUACGCAAGAAGUCGAUGAGUCCCUUCAGCACAGAAGCCUUUAAGCCUCACCAAAUGAUGGUGAUGGAUGCUCCCAAUAAUGCUAACUUCAGCCCGAAAUUCCUUCUUCCCUUGACCAAUACCUUCCAGUUUCUUAACAGCAAGCUGUGUCCCAUCCGGGAGUGUGCCGUGGUAAACUGAACCGAAACCCCCUUGCCCUAACUUCACACUGAAGUUCUUAGUUGCAACUUGAAGAUCGUUGUAGCUGAAACGAACUGGCAUCCCUGAUAACGCCUCCAGGAAAUUUUCCUCUUCUGAAGUCUCUUUAGGAGAUUCAGGGAAUUCCUUGUUCUUCCUCUGGUAAUAACCAUAGCUUAAAUAAACCAUCCCGGCGAUGACAAACACAGUCGAAACCACUAUAACGAUCACGAUCACAAGGCGCGUUUUGUUGCUUCCACUUCCACCAUCACCUUGAUUCCCACCACUGCUUGAGACCUUAAUGUAAGCAGAAUAUGUAGUUCCCGUACCUGAGCCCUGCAAAGUUCCUAUCUGAUCAAACAAAAAGCAAUUCCCUGAAUUACUAUCGAAAAAUGCUGCAACACAAGAGCAAUUCCCUUGGCAAUGGCUCUUGCAGCCAUUUAGGUCCGUCUUAGAAGACGGUGACAUGAAAUUAAUAGCAACAUAACUCAGACUAUCCCCUGCAUCGACAAGCUCCAUGGAAUCCUGAGGUAAGUUGCAAUAAGAAGAGACAUUCCCUAGUUUACAAGAGGGAAGAGUGCACUGGCACUUUUUACCACUGUAACAAACAUAAGGCAUAUCGCACGCGGCUGGACUGCCACACUGAUCUUGCGGUAUUUCUGUUGGUGAAUCAGCCUUGGAACCUCCAGCUUGAAGAACACUGAACUUGAUGACACCAUCAGAUCCUACAACUGCAACCCAUGUAGCAUUUGCAUCAGUAUUGUCAGAGAAAAUGAAUUGCCAGAGAAGCAACUUGUCUUUAUCAUAAAACUUCCAAGAAUUGGCAUUCAGUGUGGCUGAAACCGCAUUUCCACCAUCUUUGUUGUUGAUUUUUCUGGUAUCUUUUCCCAUAGUCCAAUAAGGCUGGGGUGGGUUAAAACCUGCAGAUAAAACCAUAUCUCCAGAUUUGAUUUCCAAGGAAUAUGUCAAGUUAUUCUUGUCAGGAUUGCUCACAAGUUUCCUCCCUUCAACAAACUCCUGAUUUGACAAAAGGGUAUCAGUUGGUUGGCUAAAACUCUCCCAAAUCACACUGCUGUCAUUCCCAACAAUCCUCAGAUUCCCAGAAUCCAGCAAUUCCAUGGCUGCAACUCCUUUGUUAGCCGUAUCUGUAGACCAAAUAGUGGAACCUCCACUUUUCAAGUAGGCAUUUCCUGAUGUAUCGAACUUCAAAAGAUCUGAACCUUGGACUGGAUUUCCCCUGUUAGCCGUCCAUACUAUUGUGGAGCUGCUCCUGUGAAUCACCACAAGGAAGAACAAGGUGACAUCAUUUGGUGUGCUUUUAAAUCCAAAGCCAAAGUUUGAAUUGUUGGAAACCAGAAUCAAUCCAUCAUUGUCUAUCCAAGUCAUCUGUGCCCCUUCAAAUCCCAUGUUCAGUCUGCCUCUAUUUUGAAUACUGGCCUCACAUGUUUUUCCAACCAGAAAAAAUAGAACAAACAAGAACCAAAAAACUUUGAGAGGAAAUAAUCCCCAAUCUUUCCCCAUGGUAAGCCAAUUCCAGAAGAACAAUCCCAAACCCACCUCAAAAGCCUAAAGAAAUAUCAAUUCCAGCACAUGAUGAACACAGAAGAACAGUUAUAACGGGUGAAAGAUUGAAACUUGGCCACAAAAUUUUGCUGGAACAGCAGUUCGGAAUGAAGUUCAAAAGAACUCAGAAUAUCAGAAAGGAUAUGCCUUUGCAGCCUAGAAUUUAGGCGCAAACAAAGAUCAGGGAUUUGGAAAAAUAAGAUCAAAGAAAUUGAAUGUCCAUCAAUUGCAAAAGAGGCAGCUGAACAAAGAAACGAAACAAGAAGAAAAAAAGGGAGUCUUGGAAAACAAUGUAAAGAAGGCAGUGGUCCUCAGGCCUUUGACUUAACCAUGGAAAACAAUCCCAAGGAUGACUCAAAACCAUGGGGGUACUAUCUUCUUACCUAUACUAAUAAAUCCAGCCAUCCAAGUGGGACACUAAAGUUGAAGAAAAGAAAGAAGUGUGAAAUUCUGCUUGCAAACAAAAUCAAUGAAGCACAGAGGAGGUUAAUUAGGAAGGGAAAACAAGAUGGGGAAAAAGGAAAUAAAAAUUUUUAAUACUAACAAUCACGGCUGGCUGGCUGAGAGUGUAGGCCAUCAAGAAUUGAAGACAUGGGCUGAAAACAAACAAACAUAAUGACCACUUGGACUUCUUUUUUUUUUUUUUACUUAGGUUGAAAUUACAAGCCGAAAUGAAGCUAGAUUUAGCUAUAAAACAGAGUAUGAAUUUGUUUUAGGUGGUGAUGAUGAUGUCAAAAGAAUUUUGGAGAGAUCUGAGGAAAGAGAGGGUAGAAAAAUCAGACCAACAUAUAGCAAAUACAACAAUAAAAACAGCUAUUUGUAAUAAAUUGAGCACCCAAAAACACCCGGUAAUAAAUAAAUGAUUAGGGCCUUGGAUUAGGGGAUUAUACAAA